CCCACAGCUCGCAUGCUCCAAGGUUGUUAUGGACGCCCAUGUUUAUAGUUGUAAACAGGCGACAACAGAUAGACGAGUUUCCAGUGGAUUCCAACUGCGGCUUGUAACUGUAAUACUUAGUUGCGCUUAAUACUUCGAAAUGAUCUCUCGACGCGACAAAUUGCUGAACCAGCCCUGGGAGCAGCUGCGCUAUGCCCAGCAUCGCGAGAAGGUUAUGUCCGCUCGCCCGGCUAUAGAUACCCACACUCCUCGCCAACACGAGCAUGUGCAGCGCAAGUGGAAGAAGCAGCAGAACGAGAAGGAGCGGCAGCAGCAAAUCGAGAGAGAGAAUUUGCGACUAUUACAGAAACUCGCCGACAUAAUGCGCAGCAAGCGCAUGAACAACUUAUGGUUGGAGCCAAGGCCCAACUUUCUCAAUCGCGAGAAACUUUUCCCCGCGCGUCCCUACUCCAGCCUUCCACAAAUUGUAACCAUUUAUGGCGCACCCCCACCAGGCCCACUUAUCUAUGGCAUGGUGCCAAAGCCAAGCGUCGUGGGUCGUUGUCCCACAUGUGCAGGCAAUCCGGAACGCACUGAAAUUGAAAUACCCGAACAACGCAUUCCUUGGGCGCCAGGACGCAAAUCCUGGAGUCGUAGGGUGGACAAAAUGGCGCAGAUGCAACGUUGCUAUCAUUGCGGCUGCAUGAGGCAGGUUGAGUCCAGUUUCUAUAACGAUUUUUCUUUCGAUGAAUGA